AUGGCCCCCAUGCUGAUCACCUGCCGGCUGCCACUGUCAGAGGCCCAGGGCGUGGCCCGGGUGGGGACUCUGUACGUCACCCACCAGCAUGCACCGCCAACACACUGCCUCACGCUCCUCAUGCGGUCGCAGUCGGAUACUUUAAAUCAACCUCGCGCACCUUGGCUUGUUUGGGGUACUUCUUUCCUCUAUCACCUUCUUCAUAUUGACAUACCUCAGACGAAGCUGAGCGCGAAGCUAGCAUUAAGAAGAAUGGACUCGGACGGAAAAGCCGCUUACCCACCACCCCAAGCGCACGCUGCACCAGCACCCGCAGUCUACGAGUACAGCACGAACGGGUACUGCGACUCCAACUCGCUGGAACUCCAACAACCGCCGAAAAACCAACUCCGGUCAUGGGGCGAUAUUAGACAGGAAUGGAAAUACGGGUCCAAGUCGCGAGUCUUCAGAUACUAUAUCCUCUAUGUCCUGAUUGGGUUCGUUGUGGGAGCGAUUAUCGGGACUAUUAUUGGGCUUGUGUUUCGGUUUGCUUGA